AUGGAGGACUGGAAGGUUUGUGUGGCGAGCCGUGGUGACGCGGAAGAAGAAGCCGCCAAGCGCUGUGGUUCCGGAUCCUUUGUCGCUUCGGAAGAUUUGGAUGCGCUGAUCUAUGGUGCACCCAGGUUGAUCAGUUACAUCGAUCACUUGAAGGAAAGGAAUCACGAGGAGGCAGCGAAAGAGGUGGAGAGGCAGAGGAGAAGAGUCCAUCCCUACUGGAUCGAACUUGAAGAGUUGAGAGAGACCUUGGAAUUCACCCAAGGACAGCUCGUUGAGUUCGCGAUUCUGUGUGGUUGCAGCUUGUAG